AUGGAGAGUCAGAGAAAUAUCUCAGAAUUCAUUCUCACGGGACUUUCUUAUGACCACAACGUACAGAUCUUCUGCUUUGGGCUCUUCUUACUCUGUUAUGCUGUCCUCUUGUUGGGAAACCUUCUGGUCCUUGUCUCCAUUCGAUGCAGCUUCCUUAUUCACCAACCAAUGUACUAUUUUCUCAGCCACUUAUCAACCAUGGACAUCUGCUAUACCUCCUGUGUGACUCCCAAACUCAUUGGUGACCUGUUAGUAACCACGAAAACCAUCUCCUAUGAUAGCUGCAUGUUGCAAGUUUUUUCCAUGCAUUUCUUUGGAAUGAUUGAAGUCUUCAUCCUUACAGUGAUGGCAUUUGACCGGUGUGUUGCUAUCUGCAAACCGCUCCACUACAUGGUAAUCAUGAACAGGACAAGAUGCAAUCUUUUAGUCUUGGCUGCUUGGACUGGUGGGGCUGUCCAUUCAUUUUCCCAAUUCUCUAUGAUAAUCUGGUUACCUUUCUGUGGCCCCAAUGAAAUUGACCACUACUAUUGUGCUAUUUUCCCUUUGCUGAAAGUUGCCUGUACUAAUACCUAUAUCAUUGGUUUCCUUAUAGUUGCUAAUUCAGGGAUGGUUGCCUUAGUAACCUUUGUUCUCUUAUUUGGGUCUUAUGUCAUUAUAUUAUUCACCUUAAGAAAUCACUCAGCUGAAGGAAGACGCAAAGCCCUGUCUACGUGUGGCUCUCACAUCACUGUGGUGGUCUUAUUUUUUGGGCCUUCAAUCUUUGCCUACCUUAGACCUCCUACUACUUACCCUGAGGAUAAAAUAUUUUCUCUGUUUUAUACUGUUUUUGUUCCCAUGCUCAAUCCCUUAAUUUAUACUCUGAGAAAUAAUGAAAUGAAAAAGGCCAUGAAAAUAGUUUGGUGUCAAAAGGUAUUUUUCAGGAGAAAAACAUAA